AUGCGCUUAAUCAAAAACAAAGUCGAGCUCAACGGCUCGGGCACCGUCACCCUCUGCCCGGAAGAACCAGAAGACAUGUGGCACGCAUACAACCUCAUCCGACCCGGCGACCUCCUCCGCGCCAGUGCCAUCCGCAAAGUCACCACUACUCAAGACACCGGCUCUACAAUCUCCUCACGAGUUCACCUCAAUCUCGAAAUCCGCGUCAAGAACCUCGACUUCGAUCCGCAAAGUUCGCAACUUCAUGUUGGUGGGCAAAUCGUGAAUGAGACCCCUCACACGAAAAUCGGCCAACAUCAUACCCUGGACCUGGAGCUAAACCGCAACUUCACGCUUGAGAAGGAAAUCGGGGCGAAUGGUGAGGGCGUUGGUUGGGAUAGUAUUGCGGUUCAGAUGUUGAAGGAUGCAGUGGAUGAGGGUGGGAACCGACGGGCGGAAGCUGUUGCGGUGGUUAUGCAGGAGGGGAUUGCGCACAUCUGCUUUAUCGGGCAGUUUCAGACGAUUCUGAAGCAGAAGGUUGAGAUGUCGGUUCCUAGGAAACGGAUGGGAGGUGGUGAACAUGAUAAGGGCAUGUCCAAAUUCUACCAAACCACCCUAGACACUCUACUCCGCCAACUCGACUUCAACACCAGCAUCACAUCCAUGACAAGCAGCGAAGGUGUCAGACCAGUCCUCCUCGCAUCGCCGGGCUUCGUCGCCACCAGCUUCCAAAAAUACAUCCAAACAGUCGCAACAAAUACACCCGGGCUGAAACGUCUCCUACCAAGCAUCGUCGUCGUCCACUCCGCAUCCGGUUAUCUCCACUCUUUGUCAGAAGUUCUCCAAUCCCCUGCCGUCAAGACCAUUCUAGCCGACACUAAAUACGCACGUGAAACCAAGCUCAUGGAUGACUUCCUCGAACAACUCCGCAAAGAAACCAACAAGGCAACCUACGGACCACGCGAGGUCGAAUCUGCGGUAGACCAAGGAGCCGUUGGUCGCGGGGGUGGUAUUUUGAUUAUUUCAAACCGUCUCUUCCGAUCGCAAGACGUCGCGGAGCGGAAACGAUGGGUGUCGCUUGUGGAUCGGGUAAGGGAUAUCGAAGGUGGUGAGGUUCGUGUUCUUAGUUCGGAUCACGAGAGUGGGACAAGACUUGAUGGGUUGGGAGGUAUUGCGGCUUUGUGCACAUUUCCGAUUCCAGAUGAGGAUUUUUCGGAUGAGGAUUAA